UUUAAUCCUGGCUGAUUAGGUAACAGAGAGCAAGUGCCUGUGCAAACCCUCUGGGGGAAGAGAGAGAGGAAGUCAAGCAUUUAGACAGAAGGAGGUUGUUAAAGCAGGGAAAUUUUGCGCCUGGAGAGAAGAGAAAGGGGAACACUUCCCCCUCUACCCUCCCCCUCGUUCAUCCUAGCUUUCCACUCCAGACCUCUGUGUGUGUGUGUGUGUGUGUCUAUGGACAACGGAUCGACGAUGCCCACGAACGGAAUUAACAACGCCUUGAAGCUGCAGUUUGGCCUCAUCAACCACGAGAGCCGUUACCUAACGGCCGAGGCCUUCGGCUUCAAGGUGAACGCCUCGGCCUCCAGCAUGAAGAAGAAGCAGAUCUGGACUCUGGAGCAAGAGGACCAGGACACCCAGGUAGUGUUCCUUCGCAGCCACCUGGGCCGUUACCUGGCUUCCGAUAAGGAUGGUAAGGUGAGCUGCGGGGCAGAGCAGCCCGACUCGCCCGACUGCCGCUUCCUGAUCGUGGCCCAGUCGGACGGCCGCUGGGCGCUGCAGUCGGAGACAUACCUGCGCUUCUUCGGAGGCUCGGCUGACUACCUGUCCUGCUUCGCCCAGGCCAUCGGGGAGCCCGAGCUGUGGGCCGUCCACCUGGCCCUCCAUCCGCAAUCUAGCCUGCUCAGCGUGGCGCGCAAACGCUACGCCCACCUGUUUGCCCGGGAAGGAGAGAUCUCGGUGGACAGCAACAUCCCCUGGGGCUCGGACUCCCUGGUCACCCUGGUAUACCUGGAAGGAAAGUACUUCCUGAAGACGUGCGACAGCCGCUUCCUCAGCAACGACGGGAAGCUGGUCAAAGAGAACACCCCCACCACCAGCUUCACCCUGGAGCUCAAGUCAGGCAAGCUGGCCUUCAAGGACUGCGAUGGGAAGUACCUGACACCCAUGGGCCCGACCGGCACGCUGCGCUCAGGCCGGUGCUCCAAGCCUGGCAAGGAUGAGCUGUUUGAUCUAGAGGAGAGCCACCCACAAGUCAUUUUCCAGGCAGCCAACAAAAGAUUUGUCUCCGUCAAACAAGGUGUGAGCAUCUCAGCCAACCAGGAUGUGGAGACAGACAUGGAGACCUUCCAGAUGGAGAUUGAUAAGGAGAGCAAGAAGUGCAUGUUUAGGACCAACGGCGGUAACUACUGGACACUGGUCUCCCACGGAGGGAUCCAGUCCACAGCCACGGAGGUGGAGGCCAACACAAUGUUUGACAUUGAAUGGCUCGGUCGUAGUGUAGCACUGAAGGCAAGCAAUGGGAAGUACGUGUGCACCAAAAAGAAUGGGCAGCUUUCAGCCGUCAGCGAUUCCGUAGGUGAUGAUGAGCUCUUCCUGAUGAAGCUCAUUAAUCGGCCCAUGUUGAUCCUGCGAGGGGAGAACGGUUUUGUGUGUCAUCACAAGAGCUCCAACACGCUGGAUGCCAACCGAUCCGUCUAUGACAUCUUCUUACUGCUUUUCAGCGAUGGCGCCUACCACAUAAAAAGCGUAGGUGGAAAGUUCUGGUAUGUCUCCAGCAGCGGCCUGGUGUGCUCAGACGGAGACAAGCCUGAGGACUUCUUCCUGGAGUUCCUGGAGCACGGGCGGGUGGGCAUCAAGGGCAAGAACGGCAAGUACCUGCGCGGGGACAGCGGCACGCUGAAGGGCGAUGCUGCUACCGUGGACCCCUCCUGUCUCUGGGAGUACUAACCUGGCGCGACCUCCUGACGACCCCUGAAGCCCGUGGAGGGGUGGAGGGAGAAGGAGAGAGGGAGGACCUGGUUCCCACCUGGGUUCACAGCUCAACCAACAACGAUACAUUACACAGACUGACUGGGGAACAUUUUCACUACUCUCUUUUCUACUUUAGCGGCAAAGGAGAGGCCGUUCCCACUUCUUUGUUUUGGCAAAAAGUGAAAAUGUGUAGAAAGUUUCUUUGUGUUUAUUUUAUUAUAUUUGAUUUGUUUUCCAAAAAAACAUUGGUUACCUAAAUAUAGUUUUUUUCCAAGUGACAUUGCCAACAUCAACAACAGCGAAUACUUAAUAAAAUCUGCUAAUUUUGGUCACUCACACAGCCUAUAAAAAAACAUUAGAUUCUGUAUAGCGGUCCUUAAAUUAUUAUCUGGAUGCCUGAAUAAAGGCAGCUUUUCACACCAA